UUUGCGACGUGUCUGUUCUGUCAGUCAAGCAAGGGACAAACGGAGAGACAUGUGAACGUUUCUGUUGCUAAGGACCAGAGGAUGACUUUAAAGUGAAACAACAACUUGAAAACAUGACUUUGGCUCUUUCGCGCAGUCUGUGCAAAGUUUUAUCCCGACAGACCGCUUCGUCAAGCUUCGUGUUGGGAGAACAUCACCAUGCUGUACAGAGUCCUUGGUUUGCACCAGUGAUGACACUGAAGACAUCUGCCCCACUGAGAGCGGAGCCGAAAAAGAGGAAGAAAGUGGACCCAAGAAGAGAGCAGAUGGCGAGAGAACGACUGAAAAAAAAGCUGAAAAAGUUGGAGAGGGUUCCACCUGAACUUAUCCCGAUAGAGGACUUCAUGACUCCGAACAAAUGCUUGGAUGAAACAAGGGAACGCUCUUCUCCAAAGCUGUCAUUUGAAGAAAGUGAGGGUCGAGCCCUGCUGCUGAAGGAGUGGUCUCGAUACAAACAGAAGCAGCACAAGGCAGAAGUGCAGGCUCUUGAACUUGUCCUGGAAGCACAGAGGGAGGCACUGGAGGAGCUGAAGUUAGAGUCAGAGGAGCUGUACCAGGCAGCACUGAAGCCAGACACACUUCUCUUUCCCUUCGUUCAUGAAGGUCCUGUCUAUACACCACCAAUCCCCAAGUACGACGCUCCUGAUGGGAAAUACAAUGACGUGACUAAAGUGUACACACAGUGAUGGACGGGACACGGUUGUGGGUGCAGCCUCUAUGUAUUGUUAUUGUGUGUCCUCGUCUGUACAUAAUUCACGAAGCCAAGAUGCAGUCUUGUAACAGCCUGCAGAUGUAGAUGAUACGGAAACUUUUUUCCCUGCAUCAGUUGAAGAAGACUUACAGCCAUGUAAAAUGCAUUGAAUACACACUUCUGUAUAAAACAUUGAAAACUGAAAAUAAAAAUGUGCUUUUUUAAAAUUGA